UUUUUUUUUAUGUUUGAACCGUCAACAGUAAGGGAUCCGUUUUACAAUAGUUCCUCACUGUUAAUUGAAAAAUUGCAGCUAAUAUACAUAUUUAAAAUCUUGUUUACCCGGGGGGGGGAAGGUUCAUAUAUACUAUGUACAGAUAACUAACAAACUAGGUAUAAAAUGAAGUAAAAGUAAUCCUAGGUCUACUAAGCUAACUUAACACUACUACACUUGCCUACGCUCCGUGUCUUUCCGGCCCAGUUCAAGAACCCGACAGCCUGUAGGCUCGUCCUGCUCUUCCUCGUCGUGAAUCCGCCGGUCUGGAGUCUCGUUCUGAAACUUCUUCGAAGCACGAGAGCAUGGACACCUAACCUUUGGUGUUGAGUUGGCCCUGGCCUCGGCCUCCCUGGUUCGUUAACCAGCAACCAGCUUGAUAUUACAUAUAUUACCUUAGCAACGUAAGUCAAAAACGUCAGUAUAUUAGAGAUGUACAAAACAGGUCAUUUGAUCAAUUUGGUAUCGAUUCAUUUAGUUCGGGUCCUUCAAAAGACCCGUUCAUGGUUUAUUUAUGUUGUUUAUUGCUAUCGAAAAACGAUUCUGAACGAAGUUCAGUUAACUAUACAUGUUUGAAAUGACGAAAUAUUUAACAUUUUCAUAAAAAUUUGAUCUUAAAACGAGUAUUAAACAAACAAAUUACUAAAUUUUGCUCAACUUCUAUUUGUACCACUAAAUACAAUUUAUUAUAAAUUCAGUAUUAAAUUUUGAAUUUCGUUUUUAAAUUGGAGAAAUAUUUGUCGUAGAAAACAUAAAAUGUAAAUAUUUAAAAUAAUGAAAUCAUAACGCCGUAAAUUUGUUAGCAUUAAUUUACGUAAUUUUCCCAAUUAUUACGAAAACCGCUUAGAAAAUCAGAAAACCUACUCAUUAACUAGAUUAAAAAAGAAACAGAAAAGGUUUCCUGUAGUUUUUUUAUUAAGAUAUCAAGAUAUAUUGAUGGUUCAUACCUCCCCUCCCCCCUGAAAAUUAAUAGUUGUGUAAUUUAUUUAUAUAAAUUUAAUAUUUUUUUAUAAAACUUGAUAUAUUAGUAAUAUUGAUUAUUAUACAUUUUUAAUAAACCCCUCCCCAAUUUUUUUUUUUUGGGUACGUGCCUGGAUCCUUGGAUACCUACAUUAUUUUUAUACGUAACGAUAAACUAUUGCUAAAGAAAUACGAUUCUGAGCUAAAUUAGAUUGUAUAUGUUUUGAAAUGCCGUAAUUUUUACCCGUUAUUUCCGUACACAUUCCUGCUUUUGUUUUCUAACCAAUUAGUAACUACACAGAAAAUAAAAAGAUCAACUAAAUAAAAUUUUUUUUUUAGAAAAGAUAUUACUAUUAAAAUUUGGAACUUGAUUUUUGGAAGAAAACAAAAAUAGAAAAAAAUUUAAAAUAAAGGAAUCCGUAAAUUUGUUCGUUUUUACACAAUUAUUAUGAAAACCAUUUUCAAAAUCAAAAAAAUAAAUGGUAAAUAUAGGUACACUAACGAUAUCCAAAAUCUAACAAAAAAGAUCUAGUAUCAUUUUUAAUUGGAGUAGGUACCUAAGAUUUCUGAUUGUAAUGUUACUAACACACUGACAAAAAAAAAAAAACGGACAUAAUAUUAUAUUAUAUUAUAGCCAUAUAGGUACCUACUUCGCACGAUGGGUGGACUACUUUUGUAGAUGAGAAGUUGGGAAGGUAGAGGGAAAAUUUAAUGUUUAUCUCUAUGUAAAGAUUAAUCAUUGCCAACGAAAUUCGAUUCUGAGCGGAGUUCUGUUAUACAUGUUUUUAGAGUCUGUGAUAUUUAAGAUUUGAAAAAAUAAACAUAUCAUACAUUUUCCCAUUUUUAUAAAAAUCAAAAAAUAACCUCCCUAAAAAUUGUUCACAAAAAAAAAAAUAAUAAAUAAACACCAAUGUAAAUCAUAAUUAAAAACAAGGUAACUAACUAUGACUAACUAUAACCAAUACAUUAUUCGCUAUGCACAGAAUCUAAAAAAAGGAACAAUAUAUUAUUAAAUAACACCUAUUUAAAAUAAUAAAUACUUAUGUAAAAAUUAAAAUGUUAAUCUCACUAAUAUAAAUAAUAAGUACAACUGUACAAGUACUUCUUCCCGUAACCUAAUGAGUAAUAACUAAAGAAAUAAUGAAUCAUGACUUAUGAGCAUUGUGCACGACUCAUUUGAUGACAUGAUAAUUGAUAGCAAUGAUGGUUAUGACCACUUUCUAUUAUCUAUUAUCAAUUGUCAUGAUUAAUUCACCUCUAGGUCAUAACAAAAUAGAUUUUAUUUCACAGGUUUUUUUUUUUUAUGACUGCGAACAUGACAACAGUCAAUAAUCAUAGACAGACAACAGAUUGACGAUUGACCGUCAUUUCUUUCAUGGUAAAAUAGAUUUUAUUAUUGUUUCUUCCAUGCCCGGCCUCCAGACCAUACUGUUUUUACGCACGCACACAAAAAUUCAUAACUUCAUUGUAUUAUUGGUAUGUCAUAUUGUCGUGUACUGCUGUGCGUUUGUGCCUGUGUGCAACACUAUUAUCGUGAUAUGUGCGUGUGUUCGUGCAUGUAUAUCAGAGCUUGAUUUCGAUUUUUUUUUUUUUCUGACGUUUUCCGUCCGUGCUGUCUAGUCCACAGACGGAAAAUAUUAAAAUAAAUCCAUUUGUACGUACAGUCUUAGACAAGUACGUACGUAAGUAAUAUAUAAUACAAUUAUUUUGCGCGUCAAUCGAUUUUCGUCCGCCUGUCGCCAACCACAGUGUCUUAGUCGCCGUAAACAAUUAUUACAUUAGAUAGCCGUACGAAAAUUAAAUCAUGUCGAUGAAUACGUGUUAAGAGUAUAACAUACUUAGUUGUACCGUCCGUGGUUUUCAAUCCGUUCUAACCGUUCACCUUCAUAACACCAGCAACUACAACCCGGGAGAUACUGAAAUAUGGGUCGCAAAAAGAAGAAGCAGUCUAAGCCAUGGUGCUGGUAUCCUUUUUUGUGUUUUAAUCUAAAAUCAACCUCUAGGAGUUUUCUAUCGACUUUUCCCCGAUAUUUUUUCAAAAAUUAAAAAACCUUCGUAAAUAGUUAUAUGUUAUUGAUAAUGAUUUUCAUCAAAAUAUUGAUUAAAUCCCUUUAGUCACAUGCUAGCACAUUUGUAUGCAUAAACUACUUUGAGUUAUAUGGUUUCCUGUGUGUUCAAUUUAUAAUUAUAUAAUUGUGUUAAAUAUGGUAUAGUACAUUUAUAAAAAUCACACACUGAAUAAAUAUGGCAGUUAUUUGUGAUUAAUGUCAAAAUAUUUUUUGUGGUGUUAUUGCUAAUAAUAACUUAUCACCUUGGAAAUGAUUCUACAAAAGUUAUACAUUUUUCUUACUUUUUCUCUAAUUAAAUUAGAUUAGAAACAUUGAGUCAUUAAUGUAAGAAUAUACACAACCAAAAAAGUACUUAAAUAAUAUUUUAAUUCUGUUCAAUUUGUUUUUAUAAUCAAAUUUUUAUACUUUUGUGAAAGGUAAAAUUGAGGUAUAUACAAUAUUAUCACACAAUUCUCAUUCUCAUUAAUUAUUUUGGUAUGGUUUUAUUUAUUUGAUUUUAAAACAUGGUAGGUAUUUAACUCAAAGGUAACAUGGUUUUAUAAAACAUAAAUUGUAACGUGUGAUAUGCCAUAUUGUUUAAUGGCUGGUCCCCAUUUCAAACUACACAGUUGAUUGUGAACCUCAUUUAAAUUUCAAAAGAGUAAACCAUUACAAAAUGAUGUACUCUAGAUUGCAGAUUUCCUAUAGUCGUUUACCCCCUGAAUUUGAACAGUGAUAUUUGUAAUCGCUCAGAAGUUUUGAUUUAUUCUAUACAACAAUACAGUCUAAAAAGAGAUAAGAUGCAUACAAAAUCUACUCAAUUGACAGAUAACUUCAAUAUUAAUAUCAUAAUGUUAUUUUCAAUAAAAAAAUUAAUUGAUAUGAUAUAUAACACAUCACUGAUCAAUGUUUAAUUUAAAUUUGGAAAUGUGUAUAAUACAAUAUUGUAUUUAGACUAAUAAAUUUUGUUUUUUUUUUUUUCUAAAUUAAAGUAAUGUUAAAGAACUAAAAAAUUAAAUAACUAUUACCCAAAAUAGAUUUAUCCUUAACUGAAUAUUAAGGUAUUGUAAUCGUGAAUUUGAUGACGAAAAAAUUUUAAUCCAACAUCAAAAAGCAAAACAUUUUAAAUGCCAUAUAUGUCAUAAGAAACUAUACACAGGUCCAGGUUUAUCAAUUCAUUGUAUGCAGGUUAGUAAUACAAUUGUACUAAUUAUUUUAAUAUUUGUUAAUUUAUUAUAUAUUACUACAAAAUGUAUUCGUAUUUUUUUUCUUAUAUAAAUUUAAAUAGUAAAAUAAUAAUACUUAUUAAUUGAUGGAAAACAAUUUUUAAUAGUGGUUUUUUCUGAUAAUUUUAAUUCUAACGAUUUUGUUUUUAAAUCCCAUGUUUACUAAAGACAACAAUUUUGUUUUUUCUAGAAUACUCUUCAGGAUUAAAAUGUAUUUCAAUUUACAUUAAUAAAACUAUGUAAAACUACUUAGUUUUAUUUGCUUUAUUUUAUGUAAAAUUAUUUAGGUAUUUUUUUUUUUUAUUUCGUUAAUAUUCAAUAGAAAAUAAAUCAUAAACUAAGAUAUUUUUUGAGUUUUAAAUUAAGUUAAAUUUUCUAGUUUACUUAUAGGUAUCCAGGUGCACCCAACAAAAUUGUAUAUCAUAUAUAUGAUAUCUUAUUCAAAACUAAGCUUUAUAGUUGAAGCCAUUCUAUUUGACACCACACUCUUCAAUAAAACAAAUUUGAAGUUUACAUGUUAUUUCAAAAAAAAUAUCCAUGGGAAAUAAUACAUUAAAAGUAGAGGGAACAUUAAAAUUGUGUUUACAAUGAACCAUUUUCCAAUUUAGACUGUAGCAUACCUACUGUUUUAAUAUUAUCUAUUAACCUAUUAGUUGCUAUUAGUAAUUAAUAUUUGAUUAUAAUUACUAAUUAAUUAAUUAUUGAAUUGUGUUUAUAGGUUCAUAAAGAAACAAUAGACAAAGUGCCUAAUGCUCUUUCGCAUCGCUCUAAUAUUGAAAUUGAAAUUUAUGGUAUGGAAGGAAUUCCGGAAGAAGAUAUGAAAGAACACGAACGACAAAAAUCUGGCGGUAAAGGUAAUCCUAUCACCUAACGAUACAAUUUUCAAUUUUGUGUUUGGAUCUCAAUUGUGAACUUAAUUUGAGAUUUUCUAUACCAUUUUUUUUUUAUGCUUUUAUCAGAAGUUUUCCAUAAAUUGAAAAAAAUUAUAAAUAAUACAUAUCGGUAUUUAAAUUUGUCUUUAGUGUAAUAAUCGAUAAAUUGAAAAUGUUUGGAAUUUUUCUCAAAUAGACUAAUGAUUUCUGAUAUUUUAAACAAAUUCUUAUCAUACCUCUUGUUUUAUAAAAUAUAAUUAUUAUAAUAAUAUUAACAUUAAUUAUAAUGUAUUUAAUAUAAUAAAUUUAGGUACUCGAUCUGAUAGUGAUGAUGAAGCUGGCCCACCCACAAAAAAAAAACCCGAUUAUUCAAAUCCAGCUGGCCCUUCAAUGAUGCCAUCUUUCAAUCCUAUGAUGAAUCACAUGCAAGCUAUGGGCCCUCCUUAUAUGGGACCGGGGUAAAUAAAUACUUAUAGUUCAUUAUUUGUGUUUUACUCUGUAUAAUAAAUAUGAUCAUAAUUAUAUUAUUUCAAUUAGAAUGUCGAUGAUGGGCCCCUCAGUUUCUUCUGGUCCCAUGCCACCAGGUCAACCAACUGGAAUGACAAAUAAACCAUUAUUUCCUAGUGCAGCUGCAAUUGUAAGUUCAGUGUUCCUAUAACUAGGAUUUAUUUUAAUUAUAAUUUAUAUCUGUUUUUAGGCUAAUAAUUCUGAUGCUCGUUCCAGCAAUGCUAUGUUAUCUGGAGGUUCUGUAGGUGGUUUGAAUAAAACGUCAUUUCCUGCCUAUUCUGGGUAAAAUAUUUUGAAUUAACUAUAUAUUAUUUUACUGAGUAAUUUAUUAACAAAUAUGUUCAUUAUUUUUGGUGAAAUAAAAUACACAUCUUAAACAGUGAAUGUUAAUGGAUAACUUGGUUUAUAUAUCUUGAAUUAUUAUAAUGGUUAUUAUUGGUUUACUUUUUAAAACUUAGAAAUGACAAUGAAUCAAAAUCUAAAUCACUUAUUAGUGCUACUGGAACAUCUAGUAAAAUAAUUCAUCCUUCAGAAGACAUUUCUUUGGUAAGUUUUUGUAAAUUUAUGUUAUACUGAAACUUAUCAACAUUUAAUUACAGGAAGAACAUAAAGCUCGAUUUUCCAAAUAUGCAAUUCAUAUGGAUUUACAAAAUCCUAUACCAAUUAACAUUGCUGAGCAACAUCAACUAGGUGCACCACUCAUGUCACCACAUGGACAAGUUUCUCCUCAAACUCAACAAUUGCAACAACAACAGCAUCAUCAUCAUCUUCAUCAACAACAACAACAGCAGCAGCAGCAGCAGCAGCAACAGCAACAGCAACAACAACAGCAACAGCAACAACAACAACAACAGCAGCAGCAGCAGCAGCAACAGCAUCAACACCAUCAACAUCAACAGCAUCAACAAGCUAUUCAAAAUGAGGUAAGGUAGAAAAUAUUUAGACAUUUGGCCCAACUUUAAAUUCUUAAUAGAAGUUACCAACCAUUUUUUACUAAUCAAGAUCCAUUAUUUAUCUUGUUGAUGAAUGAAACUGCUUAAAAUCAUGAGAUAGAUUUAAUUGAGUGGACUGACUUAUUGUGUAAGUACAAAAAAUGUGAAUUUAGAGGUUAAUGUUUAUGGGUGAAUUUAGGUUUUGUUUAUUUAGUUUAUCAUUUUUGUUUUACUGUAUUGCUCAUUUACUUCAGUCACGUGGUUAGAUUGUUACAAAAGUACACAUAUUCUAAGUUACACAAGUUUUAUCAGGUUGGGUGAUUCAAAAGUGAGUAUAUUUUAUGUAUUUUUGGUUAAUAUUUUGAUCUUCUCAUGAAAAUUAUAUUUUAUUUUUGAACUAUUUAAUUAUAUAUCAUUAUUAUUAUUAUUAUCGUCAUUAUUUAGUAAUUUAUAUAUUUUGGAUAAAUUGUUUGAAUAGUUAUUUCAAUAAUAGUAAUUUUUGAAUUUAUUUUAGAUGGAACGACAAGUAGCUGCUAUGGCAGCAGUUAUGCAACAACAGCAACAGCAGCAGCAACAACAACAACAGCGAUUUGCUACACCAGUGAUAUCAAUGCCUAACAUGAUGCCUCAGCCUCCUACUGUUUUUAUGGCUCAGCAAAUGCCAACUAUUUUACGUCCUUUGGGUGGUUUACCACCACAUGCUAUGAGUAUGCUGAGGCCUCAAAUGCCUAUUCAUCCAGGUAAUCUAUUAAAUGAAAUAUAAUUUUCAUGCAUUGAAUAAAAAACAAUAUAUUUAUGUUAGGUUUAAUGGUUAAUCCACCAAUGGUCAAUCCUUAUGCUCCUGGUGGACCAAUGGGCUUCCCAGGGGCUCAGAUGUUAGCCCCCAUGAUGCAUCCUCGCUUCAGAUGAUCAGGUUUGUUGGGGGGCGUAUUACUCGUGUACAACAACACUCCCCCGUCACUUUUGUAAGUUGUUAAUUUUUUUUUUUUUAAUUUACAAAAUGUUAAUUUUAUUUUUUUAAAAACAAAAUUAAAAUUAAUUUCCUAAUUCAGUUUAGGAAUGUGUGAGGUUAAAGUUAGUGAAUUUUUUUUUUGAUUUUUCAUAAAGUAAAUUUUUGAAGAUCAUUUUAUAAAUUAAAAUUGUUUACAGAAAUUAGAUUUAUUAUAUUAAUCAUAUUAAUCACCCCCAUUCAUUUAAUUGUUAACACUAUAACAAAUAUCUAUUCACAUAGUUUUGUUUGCAGAAAAAGGAAAAUAUUGAAUAAUAACUGAAACGCAGUUUCAGUGAAAAAUCAGUAAGUCCUUUUUUAUUUUAAAUGUCCUUUACCCCUCGUUUUUCUUUGGAUUUUUUUCUUAAUUUAUUUGUAUAUUCCCAAAAAUAGUUUGUUACUAAAUGUCGUCACACGUACAUUUUUUUUGUAGAACGUGUGUGGUAGUAUUUAUUAGUGUGACUUGAAUUUCGUACAAACUUUACGCUCGGCAUAAAAUGCACAGCAAUUUUUGUUUAUAUACAAAAAAAAAAUAUGUUGUUGAAUGUGUUUUAAUUAUUUAUAUAGUGUUAUGUUGUGAGAAUGAGUAAGUACUAAUCACUCACGUUUAAAAAAAUAGUCGAAUUUCAUUGUUCAUCUCUAAAAAGCGUGUUUUUAGGUAUAGAUAUAUAACGUGCCAACUGAAUUCUCAGAUGAUGUGGCCCAGAAUUCUAAAAUAUUUGGUAUGUCAUUUUGCAUUUUUUAAAUAAAUUUAAGGUAUAAUGUAUAGGGUUUUGAUUACUAACAUAUUAGAGUUAAAAUUAUGAUUGUAAAAAUUAAAACUAGAAAACACACUUUUAUUAUUCUAAAUCAUCUAACAAAAUUAUUAUCAUUAUAUUAUUAUAUAUUAAGUACGUGUGUAUGAUGUAUUUCAAGGUAAGACAUAUUUGUUUUAUAGUACUAAAUAUUUGAAAAUGCACAAUUAUCAGAUUUUCUUUUCAAAGAAAUUUGAUUAAUACUAUGCAUUUUCUUUUUUUUUUUUCAAAUAAAUGUAAGCACAUAUCUGAAAAUUGGUUCAAUUAUUUCUAUAAAGUGAAUCCUCUAAAAAUGGUGAGUACCUCAUUUAAUAUUCAUGAAAGUAUAUUAAUCCGCCAUUUUUUUUUUUAUUAUUAUUAUUUCUUCAGAGCAAUAAUUAUUAUAUCAUAAUUAAUUCUAUUCUUGAAAAAGUGUUUAAUUAAUAGGGAUAUUCCUAGUCCUACUAACAUAUAUGUAGUAUUAUUUAAACAUUAAUUUUUUAUGAAUAAAACAAAACUCCAUCUGAAAAUUAAAAAAUUAAAUCUUUAAAGAUACAAAAUAUACUCAUUAUUAUUACAUAGGUAAAUGAUAAAAUUUAUUAUUUAGUAAGAAUUAAUGAAAAUCACCAAAACCAAUUAUUUUGAAAUGUAUUUCUAAAGCCACUCAAUGUAAUGGAUGUUACAAUACCUAAAUGACAAAUUCAAUUUAUAUUUGUACACAGUGAUUUUGCUAAUAAAAAUGAUUCUAAAGUUUAUUUAAACAUGUUUUGAUAAACUUAAUUGAAAAUUUGUAAUGAUUGUAACUAUAAAAUAAAUUACAAAUUUUCAUGUUUUAGAAAAUUUUGAGCAUAUUUAUGUAGGCAAUUAAUUUAAUAACAGAAAAUAGUACCCAGAAAACAUGAUUUGUAAAAUUGUCUACAAAAUACAACUUUUAAAUGUUAAUAAAAACAAAAAACUUAUAACUAGGUUUCGUAAAAAAAAAUUAUAAUGCAAUAAGAACAAUCUUAUCAAACUUGUUGAUCAUUUUUGUUGUGCUAAAACAAUUUUAUCCAUAUAAAAUGUACGGACAUUUGACAAUUUAAAAUAAGUUCAAAUAACUCCAAAAUAUACAGAACAUUUUGAUAAUUGUACCAUGUUUAGAAAAGGCUAAUAUAAAUAUUUGUUAUAAAAUUUAAUUUCAUGAUUAUUUAUAACUGAAUUACUUAAACUAUUGCGUAUAUUUUCCUGUUUUUUCCAAUUAAAAAACUGCUCUGAAAUAUAAUAAUGACCCAAUAGACCAACUAAACAAAAUUUGCCACCACAGCAGAAACCGCCCCUAAAGUUGAUCAGAGGAAGGUUUCUGAUAGAAGAGUUAUUGAUUGACAGAAAAAAAAACCUGUGGAGCUAUGUUGCUCAUAGGGUGGUUUUUAUUAUUAUUCAUAUUCACUUUUUCGAUAACUUUAAUGUAAAUAUUUUUUUGUUAUAACCGUAACCAUUUUUUAAUUUGAAUUGCGAUAUAAUUACUUAAAUAUUAUUUAUCUGGCCGGCUUUAAUAUAUUAUUAGUGAAUUGGAUUAUCAAAAUAACUAUUUAUGUUUAAAUGUAUUAUACAACUUUAAGGUACCUACCUAGUAUACGGAUCUUGUGAAUCUUAAUACAGUCAUCACUACCAGGUACUUGUAUCUGUCUACCAAGUCCUGUCAUCUAAUUAUACUAGAUUCGCCGAUUGAGGUUGGUUGUUGUGGUCACAGUGAAGCUGUUGGACCCAAAAUUGGGUCCCCUGAUCAGAGCCCCAGGCGAGGCUAUUCCUCACAGCUGACCUGUUGGACUUGUAUUACCAAGUCCCCUGUUAACCACGACAGGCGACACGUUAUAUUAUUACAAGUUAAAUAAUACUUAUUUCUGAUCUGUGUACAGAUCGUUUUUAGUGUAGUUUUGCAUGUCAAAUGCGAUAUGGGAAUAAGCCAAAAAGGUUGCGGUAAUAAAUGACUCAACAAAUCAUAAUGGCUUUGCACAAUAUUUUGGGCGCUGAUUAACACUUCUGUGACUGUUUUAAAUUUCAAUUCAAAUAUUAUGCUGUGUUUUAGGUUGGGUGAUUGAUAAAGGAGACGUUAUUCACAAUUAGAAAUAUAUUAUAUUUUUAUUAAUUUAAUUUUAUACAGAAUUUUUUUAAAGUUUAUAAAUAAAUACUAUCAUGAAUGAUGAUAAAAUAUUUAGAGUACAUUAUUUAUAUUCAAUCAAUUUAAAACAAAUUUACAGUAAUUCCUAAAACAUUUUUUAAAAAAAUCCAAGGUUUUUGUUAUUAUAUCUGGUUUUUUUUUGGUUAAUUUUUGAUAAAUUAUUCCACAAUUGAAUUUCAGCACUUAUUAAAAAUAAUAUAAUAUAAAUUUAAGGUCUUAUGAAGAAGUUAAUUGAGGUUGAAAAAAAAAUUUGAAAUAGGGAAGCUUUUGUUAACUGAUUUUUCAUACAGUGUCUUAAAUAAUAAUCCCUAUUAACUACAAUUUUAAAAUGGCUGAUAUUUUUAGUUAUUGCCCAUUAAUGUGCCCUUCAAAAAUGUUUUUUUAAUUCCUAUGAUUGUUCACGAAUGCAGUAAUAAUACCAUUAUUUAGACUAGAAGCAAUAAUUACUAAAAUUAUUGCUACUGUCAUUAGUGUAUUCAAUCAAAGAGCCACUAUAACUCAAUUUCAUUAAACUGAUAUUUUUUAAUUUUCUUCAAUUUGUUUUCUAUAUUUAACCAUGAAAGUUAAAGUAGUUGCUGGUCCAGAAAAGUAUCAAAUUAGGAUCAUAAUGAUGAAUAUAUAGAUUUAGGUGUUAAA